GAAGCUAAAGCUGCUGCAUCUACGUUGCAACACAAAUUCUCUAGUUUUUAACUUGUUUAUUCUUUUUUUUUUUUUAAUUUUUUUCCGUCCUCUCUUCCUCUCUGUCUCUUCAAUGGGAAGAGGAGGGACCUGAGGGGAGGGGUCUGUCUAUUGCAAGAGAGAAAAACCAAGCGGACGCAACCAAGCUGCUUGGUUUUUCAAGCUAAUUUGUUUUCUUUGCUUGGGCUUCUUCUUGGAACUUUUUAACUUCAUAUCAUCAUGGCUAACAUCUCCUUAGAAGAUGUCAAGAAUGAGACCGUCGACCUUGAGAGAAUUCCAGUUGAGGAAGUUUUUGAGCAGCUGAAAUGUACUAGAGGGGGUUUGACUAAUGACGAGGGAGAGAAGAGGCUACAGAUAUUUGGUCCCAACAAGCUUGAGGAGAAAAAGGAUAGCAAGCUCCUCAAGUUCUUGGGUUUUAUGUGGAAUCCUUUAUCUUGGGUCAUGGAAUGCGCUGCUAUCAUGGCCAUUGCUUUGGCCAAUGGAGGGGGCAAAGCACCAGAUUGGCAAGACUUCGUUGGUAUUAUGGUCCUGCUCAUUCUUAACUCCACUAUCAGUUUCAUUGAAGAAAAUAAUGCUGGCAACGCUGCAGCCGCUUUAAUGGCUGGUCUAGCCCCCAAGACUAAGGUCUUGAGGGAUGGAAAGUGGAGUGAACAAGAAGCAUCAAUCUUGGUACCUGGAGAUGUGAUCAGCAUUAAGUUGGGAGACAUUGUUCCAGCUGAUGCUCGUCUCUUGGAAGGAGAUCCCCUAAAAAUUGAUCAGUCCGCUCUCACCGGUGAGUCUCUUCCCGUUACUAAGAACCCAGGGGAUGGGGUCUUCUCUGGUUCCACAUGCAAACAGGGUGAGAUUGAGGCUGUUGUUAUUGCCACUGGUGUCCACACCUUCUUUGGCAAAGCUGCCCACCUUGUGGACAGCACCAACCAAGUUGGCCACUUCCAAAAGGUGUUGACUGCCAUUGGUAACUUCUGUAUCUGCUCCAUAGCAGUGGGAAUGUUGAUUGAGAUUGUUGUGAUGUACCCAAUUCAGAAGAGGGCAUACAGAAAUGGUAUUGACAACCUAUUGGUGCUUCUGAUCGGAGGAAUUCCAAUUGCCAUGCCGACAGUCUUGUCUGUGACCAUGGCUAUUGGAUCUCACCGCUUGUCGGAGCAAGGUGCCAUUACUAAGAGAAUGACAGCCAUUGAAGAAAUGGCAGGAAUGGAUGUCCUUUGCAGUGACAAAACUGGAACCCUUACCCUCAACAAGCUAACUGUGGACAAGACCUUGGUUGAGGUGUUCCCCAAGGACGUGGACAAAGACACUCUCCUCUUGCUUGCUGCCAGGGCUUCUAGGGUUGAGAACCAAGAUGCUAUUGAUGCUUCAAUUGUUGGAAUGUUGGGCGAUCCCAAGGAGGCAAGAGCCGGAAUCGAAGAGAUUCAUUUCCUGCCAUUCAAUCCAGUGGAUAAACGUACAGCAAUCACCUACAUUGAUAGCAAAGGUAACUGGCACAGAUGCAGCAAGGGAGCUCCAGAGCAAAUUAUCGACCUUUGUGAGCUCAAGGGAGAUGAAAGGACCAAGGCUCAUGCCAUCAUUGACAAUUAUGCUAACCGCGGUCUUCGUUCCUUGGCAGUUUCUCGACAGACAGUUCCAGAGAAGAGCAAGGAGAGUGCAGGAGGACCAUGGGAGUUCGUGGGUCUCCUGCCCCUCUUUGAUCCUCCAAGACAUGACAGUGCUGAGACCAUCCGUCGGGCUCUUGAACUCGGUGUCAAUGUUAAGAUGAUCACCGGAGACCAACUUGCCAUCGGAAAAGAGACUGGUCGUAGGCUUGGCAUGGGAACCAACAUGUAUCCUUCAUCUUCUCUCCUCGGGCAGUGCAAGGAUGAAUCUAUUGCUACCAUUCCUGUUGAUGAGCUUAUAGAGAAGGCUGAUGGAUUUGCUGGGGUCUUCCCUGAGCACAAGUAUGAGAUUGUUAAGAAGCUUCAGGGGAGGAAACACAUUUGCGGUAUGACUGGAGAUGGUGUGAAUGACGCGCCAGCACUUAAGAAGGCAGACAUUGGCAUUGCAGUGGCUGAUGCAACUGAUGCAGCCAGAAGUGCUUCAGAUAUUGUUCUGACAGAGCCUGGACUGAGUGUGAUUGUCAGUGCUGUUUUGACAAGCAGGGCCAUCUUCCAAAGGAUGAAGAACUACACAAUCUACGCUGUUUCCAUCACAAUCCGUAUUGUUAUGGGAUUCAUGCUAAUUGCACUCAUCUGGAAGUUUGACUUUUCACCAUUCAUGGUCCUCAUCAUUGCCAUCUUGAAUGACGGAACCAUCAUGACCAUCUCAAAGGACAGGGUGAAGCCAUCUCCUGUGCCUGACUCAUGGAAACUCAAGGAAAUCUUUUCCACCGGAGUUGUCCUCGGUACCUAUAUGGCCCUCAUAUCAGUGCUCUUCUUCUGGCUUGCACACAAAACUGACUUCUUCCCUAAUGCAUUCGGCGUGAGGCAUAUCAGAGACAAUGAGCAUGAGCUUAACUCAGCUCUCUACCUUCAAGUUAGUAUCAUCAGUCAAGCGCUCAUCUUCGUGACCCGAUCAAGAAGCUGGUCAUAUUUUGAACGCCCUGGUAUCUUGCUCGCUGUUGCAUUCCUCAUUGCACAACUGUUGGCUACCAUCAUUGCCGUGUAUGCAGACUGGGGUUUUGCCAGGAUCCAUGGAAUUGGGUGGGGAUGGGCAGGUGUUAUAUGGAUUUUCAGCCUCAUCACGUACAUCCCUCUUGAUAUCCUCAAAUUCAUGAUCCGCUAUGGAUUGAGCGGCAAGGGUUGGGAAAACCUGUACCAGAACAAGGUUGCCUUCUCAACAAAGAUGGACUACGGAAAAGGAGAAAGAGAGGCACAAUGGGCCUUAGCUCAACGCACACUUCAUGGUCUCCAACCCCCAGAAGCUCUCUUCCAUGAUAAGAGCAACCACCAGGAUACGUCAGAUAUUGCUGAGCAAGCCAAAAGGCGUGCUGAAGUUGCUAGGCUUAGGGAGCUCCACACAUUGAAGGGACAUGUUGAAUCUGUGGUGAAGAUAAAGGGACUGGACAUUGAGACUAUCCAACAACAUUACACUGUUUAAAAACACUUCCUUUUUCUCUUUUCAUCUUGUUCAAAAAAGAAAAAAGAAAACAUAAAUUUAGAAUGUUUUUGGAAAAACCAACGGAGAUGAUUGGCUGAGGGAGUACAAGAAACAAACAUUUCUUUAGAAACCUAAAUAUUUUUUCUUCUUUUGUUCUCUCUUGCAUUCUUUGUUCUUAAUUUUUCAUAUAAUAAUGAAAAAUUAGAUUAUUGGAAAUAAGCAGAUUGAAUGGACGGGACUAUUUUAUGUAGCCUUAAACUUGAGAUUUGGAAAAGAAAUUUAUGAGAUGGAAUGGAGAGCAAGGGAGCCAUUUUUAUAAUUUAUAUAUCUUACUAUAGAAAUGAGCUUUUGUGUCAUAAUUUUUUCUUUUUAUGACAAACUCCUUUUGUAUAUAUUUGUUUCCUCAUAUAUUUCUUUUGUUUC